GGCAUUUUACAUUACUUGUCUCUGUACAUGUGUGUGUGUAUAUAUAUAUAUAUAUGUAUAAUCCACUAAUUAGUAAUUAGUGGUUAAAAGCGGCUUAAUUAGCUUUAAGCCUUUUUACAGCAAGAACAAGAACCGGGAAAAGGCAGAGGAAACAAGAAGCAUUGCUUUUGAGGGGAACAUCACAAGAUCGAGAGGAGAGAAAAAGCUGCUCGAGCUUUCCCCAUAAAACGACGAACAGAUUUGCAUAAUUCUCUCCGCUCUUUUUUUUUUCCUUCCUUUUUCUUUUUUUGUUGCUGCUUGCUUCGUUCGCAUCCACCUGAAGAGAGAGAGAGAGAGAGAGAGAGAGAGAGAGGGAGAUUAAGCGGCAUUUUUUUUUUUUAUUGAUUGCUCUUUUCUCUCGAGGAGAUCGGAUCGGAUCUGGAAAAACUCGUCGAAAGCUGCGUUUUCAGUCACUGUGAGAGAAUUUUCUUGAACGGAUGACGGGCUGUCUAUGAUCAGGAAUUUAGUCGAACACCUUCAAUGGAAUCACCAGCCAAUAGAAUCAGUUCUUCCUCCAAGACGGCGAACCCUCCAAGCGGCUCCAAAGGUUCUACUUCAAGCAAGUCCAUAGACGGAGCCACCGAGAAACCCGAGUCCGUACGGAUGUCGAGCGAGAAACAGGAAUCGCCAUUGACGACAGAAGCUUCUGAUUCGCCUGUCUCGUCGAAAUCUCGGAACCCUGUCUCGAUUAAGGAGACGAAGAACCGAUCAGAGCCGAGGUUUUGUCCAAGCCCUUCGAACACGUUCUACACGGCGACUCUCUACACAGAGGCCAAGCAGAGCUUCACGACCACCGAAGCGAGCGACUGCGCGAGCACGAGCACGGUCGACAAACGCGGCUUUGGUGGCGAAACCGCUAGCGACGGCUUCUGCGACUUCGAGAAGGCGAGUGCCAUAUACAGAGGAAGCACGGGGAGUGACGUCAGCGACGAGAGCAGCUCCAGCGGUCUGAGCAACGCGGCCCACAAGCCGCACAGAGCCAACAACGACAAACGCUGGGAAGCGAUCCAGGCCGUGAGAUCGCGUGUCGGGUCGCUCGACGCCAAGGACUUCAGGCUCAUGAAGCGGCUCGGUGGCGGCGACAUCGGUAGCGUUUACUUGGCCGAGCUUAUCGGGACGCGAACGUGUUUCGCCAUGAAGGUUAUGGACAAAGCCGCCAUUGCAGCGAGGAAGAAACUUCUUAGGGCUCAGACAGAGAGAGAAAUACUGCAGUCGCUGGAUCACCCGUUCUUGCCGACUUUGUACGCACAUUUCGAAACAGAGAAGCUUACUUGUCUGGUCAUGGAGUUUUGUCCUGGCGGUGAUCUGCAUUCUCUUAGGCAGAAACAGCCCGGGAAGUACUUCCCCGAGCACGCGGCGAGGUUUUACGUGGCGGAAGUUCUUCUUGCCAUGGAGUAUCUUCAUAUGCUGGGGAUCAUAUACAGAGAUCUCAAGCCGGAGAAUGUUCUUGUCCGAGAAGACGGGCACAUAAUGCUGUCUGAUUUCGACCUCUCCUUGAGAUGCGCGGUCUGUCCAACGCUGGUCCGGUCAUCAAACCCAACUCUUGACUCCAAGAGCUCGAGCUACUGUAUCCAGCCAGCCUGCGUCGAGCCGCCGAGCUGUGCGGUCCAGCCAGAUUGCAUCCAACCUGCGUGCUUCACGCCACGUUUUCUCUCGUCCAAGAGCAAGAGCAAGAAGAAAUCCUCGAACGAGAUGACCCGUCAGGUCAGACCGCUGCCAGAGCUGAUAGCUGAGCCGACGAACGCUCGGUCCAUGUCGUUCGUGGGGACCCACGAGUAUUUGGCGCCAGAGAUCAUCAAAGGAGAAGGCCACGGCAGCGCGGUGGACUGGUGGACGUUCGGGAUAUUCCUGUACGAGCUUCUGUUCGGGAAAACUCCGUUCAAAGGGGAGGUGAACAGGGCGACGCUAUUCAACGUGGUGGGUCAGCCUCUGCGUUUUCCGGAGCAUCCGAGUGUGAGUUUCGCGGCCAGGGACCUUAUCAGAGGGCUGCUGGUGAAGGAGCCGCAACACAGGUUGGCUUACAGGAGAGGAGCCACCGAGAUAAAGCAGCAUCCUUUCUUCCAGAGCGUGAAUUGGGCAUUGAUCCGAUGCACGAGCCCUCCUCAGGUGCCUCAGCCUGUUUUAGCCAUGGGCCAUCAUCAUCAACAUCAACACCCACAGCAUCAUCAGCAGCAUGGUAAGCCAAAUGUGGAUGUGAAGCCUUCGGGUAAUUAUUUGGAGAUCGAUUUCUUCUGAUUCUUUCUUUUCUUUGGUCGUGCUCGUGUUCUUCUUCCUGGGCUUUAUAUCAUCAACUGUAUGAUGGUUUUGUUUGUGCUUUCUUUACCAAUUGUUGCCAAAGAUUUCUGUCUUUCAGACAUCAAUGUCGUCAUGAUGUUGUAACUAUAGACGUAAACACAAACAGCCUUCCGAGACCUAUAUUCAUAUUCUCA